AUGUCUCAUUGCCAGGCACUUGGAUCCCGAAUCCGGGAGCUCCCACCAGCAGCUCCCGAAACCAAUCACAGCUCUGUCCUCGGAUGCCAGGAACAUCCUCCAGGAGCAGAACUCAUCCCUGGCUGCCCCAGAGAGCAGGGUGUUCGUAGCUUGAAAAAUACCCACUUUAAACCCAGGUACGUCCUGCUGGUACCGAAGGACAAAGAGAAAUAUAAAGAACACCUGAGGAGGACAGGAUUGUUCAGCAGGGUGGAGAUCGAGGAGGCACUGUCCAGAGUGGACGUGUACCUCCAAAUAAACCACGGCUUCCCCGGCUACUUCCACGUGCUCAUCAACACAGAUGAUCUGGACGAGGCGUUCACAGAGCUGACUCACCUUGUGAAGGUCUACCUGGGCUUGGAGCCACCUGAAAUUCUGGACAACAUCGAAGGCAUCAGGAACAGGGCAGGUUCCAGAUCUCCGCUCUUCCCAGAGGAAAGGUCGGGCAGAGGAACUCCUGCGCGCAUUCGCUCUCCAUCCCUUGGUGAAUUCUUGGAUCCUUUUCCCAAAACCUAUCCCAGAGAUCUUCUGGAUGUGCUGAGCGCGCCGCCAGGCUCCGCGUAUUUCACAGUUUUUCUCAAUCGUGGAGCGGUUUGGGUUGGAAGGGGCCUUAAAGAUCAUUGGCAGAGAUACCUUCUGGAAUUCCUGUUCACAUUCCCCAAAAAAAGGAAGAAGCCUCUCUCCGAAGACGUUUCUCCACAGCACGUCAGGUGCUUCAUUUCCACAGGCACUUGGAUCCCGAAUCUGGGAGCUCCCACCAGCAGCUCCCGAAACCAAUCACAGCUCUGUCCUCGGAUGCCAGGAACAUCCUCCAGGAGCAGAACUCGUCCCUGGCUGCCCCAGAGAGCAGCUUCAGGGAAUUUGGGCAUAUCAGGGGACACGUUUUUGUCCCACCUGAUGCAGCUCUCACCGAAAGUCUGUGGACCAAGUUUCCCAUUCCUCGGAGGCAGCUCCCAGGACAAGGCAGAGCCGAGCAGCAGGAGCCAGGAGGAGCUGGAAGAGGAGUGGACACAUCGAGAGAGACUGAAGUGACUGGUGAGAACCUCCUGAGGAAAUCCAGCAAGGCCAAUUUGGGUUCUUCUCCUGUGCCUGGUGAGAACUUCCU